GAGGUGUCUGAAAAUUGUAAAUUUUUGAAACACUGUCUGAAAAUUUGGUUUGCGCCAUUGUAAGUUUCACAAAAAGGUAGCUCAGGUUCGCGUCUCUUCCAUCCACAUCCUCCAAAUCAACAACCCAGACAAACAUAAUAGCAACAGUCCCAAUAUCAAAUAAAUAUUCACUACUCCACUAAGUUACUGAUACUUCAACCGAGAUCGUCAACUAUCCCGUUCAAAAACUCGCCGCUCCCAAAAAACCUACGUGCCCGCCGAUCGCAAUGCAUAUCCAAGGCCUGUCAAAUUAGAAGAUCACAGACAAUCUUAACGCAUGGAUCGGCAAAGAUCACUAUACGCUUCGGUACACAGAAACUGAACGCUCCAUCUAUACAAAAGAUCCAACCAAAAGAAAAACCAUCAUUCAAAACCUUAAAGACUCCAACACCGCAAUCCAUACCCAUACACUAAAAGAAGAGAGACAAUAGACGUUUGUUAUCGGCGGCCUGUCUCGGCAAAUAGACCCAGAAAAAAUCCGCGAAGAUCUCAAAACUGAAUAGGAUAUCACUGCCACCGAGUGCUUCCGCAUCAGGGGCACCAAAUUUCCAAAGUUCCUAGUAACACUCGAAAACAUCAAAUCGCUCAAAACGCUAGAAACGAACGUUCGAUAUAUCCUUCGAACUCACGUGUUUCGGGAUUACGUUAAGAACUCAAAGAUACUCAUCCCAUGUAAGAAUUGUCAGCAAUGGGGAUACGCCACAUAAACUGUUAUACGAGACCGCGUUGCGUUAAAUGCACCGGAGAGCGCAAAAUCGGUGCAAAAUAACAAUUGAAAAUGGUCCCCCGGUGUCCUGACCAAUUGUAACGGUCAAUUGUACGGCGUGCCCCAAAUACGCCGAAGCCCUAGCCCGGAAAAACAUCCAGCUAGGUGAACAAAAGAAAGAAACCCCCCGGAGAAUGAUUCCGCCAGCCCCAACGACCAUGACGAUCCCCUGGAACGUCGUAGCGUCUUUACACCGCGCCCCAUCAAUGGACAGAUAAACCACUCUGAUUUUUUCUGUUGAAAAAAGAAAAAUUGUUUCGUUGAUAAAUAAUAAAAUUAAACUGUCUUACGAAUGUCCCAUUUAUUCGAUCACUGCAACACUUUCUCGGUUUCUAUAUAGAUUGUACAUGCGGAUGAUAUCGUUAUAACACGCGGGCGGUAUAUCUGACAGUAAGUAAAAUUGAAACUCAAAUACAACAUUUCUAUAUGAUGUGGAAACAAUGGCAAAAAGCUGACGUUGAAAAUAACAUACUAAGCUAUGGAAAUUAUAACAUUCCAAAGUCUAGGGAAGUUUUUUGUCGUACAGCGUAUGUUAAACAUGCAGUAACACCCAUAUCACAAGAUGUAAAUCACAAUAUAAAUAUUCGCAGUAAGACUUUGUUUAAUAUAGAUUUAGAUAAAAGAUUGUUUGGUUUAUAUGAAAUUAUACGAUGGCGUGGAAAUCCGUUUUAUAGAAUAACUAGGAGAGUAUCAUCUAUAGCCAGAAUAGUAAUGCGGUAUGGUUUUAAUCCUCUAGAUAUCAAAACUCUUAUCUGUCUUGUUGAACGAGGAGGAGGAACAUCUACUUUCGUGUUACGCCUGGUGAAAGCUUAUACACACUAUGUAAAAAGAAGAACCUUAAGAAGAGCCGCAUCCAGAGCUGAAGUUUAACGCUCUUCACAUCCCUAUUCACGUCCCUAUUCAAGUAUCAUCGAGGAGUGAAGAAAAGUUGUGUAAUGGAAGAUAAAGUGCAAUAAAAGCAAUAAAGGUUAUGAGUGAAAGUUAUCCUUAUGUCAACCAAGAAGUGGACAGAGUUAGAAGAAGAGUUAUUGUGUUUUCGUUUAAUAUUCACGUUUUGCACACAGGAGAAUCUAUUUUCUACACGUAUCCAGAGAGAGACCAUCUCGAAGAAAAGCCCCAAUGAAGUUGUAUCGUUUUUAGUACAUUUUUUAUUUAACCAUGUUCCUGAUACAGUAAAGCAUUUGCACAUUUUUUGUGACGGUGGCGGUGGGCAAAACAAAAAUUUUAUUGUAUUCAGGUUCAUGUAUUAUGUAGUACAUGACAUAAAACAACUAAGCAGCAUUAAAAUAACUUUUCCGGAAAGCGGGCAUUCAUAUUUGGAAUGCGACAAAAAUAUGGGCAACAUAAAUUUAAAAACGAAAAUUGAAACUCCAGAUGAUUGGUUUGAACUGUUAAGGGUAUCACGCACCAAACCGUCGUCAUUCGUUAUCGAAGAAGUCACUCAAAAUAUGGUAAUGGGCUGGACUUCGUUUUUACAGAAAUAUCCAUUUCCUGUACAAAAAACCAAAGAAGUGUUCUGUACAAUCGAUCAUUGUCGAUUUAUACUUAACAGAGAUACAUACAAUGAUUCUUGGAAAAAAAGUGUAAUAAAGGGGAAAAUUCAGAUGGAAGCAGCCACUUUACUGCCAAAUGAACUCAAAUUACCAGAAAAACUAUACAAUGAUCUUAUUCCAGUAAAUAAAGAUAAGUUUAAGGAUUUAAUGGUGCUGAAGCAAUUCUGUGGCCCAGUUGCUGUUAAGUUUUUUACCGAUCUACCGCAUGAAUAGGGGUCGAAUUAUUUUAUUAUCAGAUACACUGACGAAAAAUAUUUGUAUUUACAUGUUGAGACAUACAAUAAACAUAUAGUAAGAUUUAUUUGAAUUAUUUGUGGUUACUGCAAAACCAAAUCGCUAAGUAGUUUGCGUAAUUAACUUUAACAUUCAAGUUACUCCGUUGUUAGUGUAAAGGACAUACCUUGUUCUUUCCCCAUACCCUUCAUAUUACGAUAUGGUAUUCCAACUGAAAUUUUAUCAGAUCAAGGUACUGAAUUUAUUGCUUCUACGUUAAAAGAUGCCUGUAAAUUUCUUCAGAUAAAGCAGUUACUUUCUACGGCGUAUCAUCAUCAAACGCUAGGUUCUUUAAAAAAUUCGCAUAAGUCGUUAGGGGCAUUAUUUAUUCGUAUUCAAAUUGCAAAAUAUCGGUAUACGUGGAGUCAUUGGUUAACCGUAUUGGUGUUUUUCAUACAAUAACAGUGUUCAUACAGAAACGCAAUACACCUCGUAUGAUUAGUUUUUGGAAAAUCAGCAGUACUACCAUCAAACAUAAAAGAUUGUGUCGAUCCUGUUUACAAUUAUGACAAUUACCCAAUAGAGUUGAAAUAUAGACUUCAACAAGCUUGGGCAGAUGCAGAACAAAAUUUGAAUGCAUCUAAAUAUAAUCGAAAAAUAAAAUACGACCAAAAAAGUAAUCCAUUAGAUUAUAAGGUAGGAGAUAAGAUUUUAUUACGAAAUGAAGCUGGUUCAAAGUAUGAAUCAUUGUAUAAUGGUCCGUAUAAAAUUAAAAAAAAAAGUUAGUUCACCAAAUGUAGUAAUUAAAUUCAAAUCGUAUUAGCGAUCUGGGGGUUACUCUUGAUAACAAAUUAUCGUUUAAUUUACAUGUGGAAUCCGUUAUUUCCAAAGCUCUGAAGAGGUUGGGUUUCGUGAUUCGAACCUGCCGCCCUUUCACAGAUAUUAAUUGCAUCAGAUUGCUGUAUUUAACGCACGUGAACAGUGUACUUAACUAUGUGUCCACCGUCUGGAAUCCCCAGUACCACGUUUACAUUGACGGUAUCGAAGCAGUUCAACGUCGUUUUUUGCGAUACCUAUCUUAUAAAACAAAUUUACCUUAUUGCGAUUACUUUAUGCGGUGCAGGGUGCUGGGUUUUCAAACACUGCAACAGAGGAGGCUGUGUUACGAUUUACUGUUUAUUUUUAAACUUUGCAAUGGCUUCAUUAAUUCGCCUGAAUUGGUUGGUGGGUUACGUUUUUACGUUCCUCCCAACCGGACUAGGGGUGGUCUGAUGUUUAGACUUGACCGUUCGAAUACAAAUGCCUACUUCAAUUCACCUCUUCAGAGAUUAAUGCAUUCAUUUGACUCUCACUGUGGAAAUAUUGAUAUGUUCAACACCUCACUGGCUGCGUUUAAGCGGUUUUUGCGUGGCGUGGGCGUUAAUGUCUCAGGUCAUUAGAAUUUAAUUUUUCUUGUUAGUACUACAUUUUUUUCUUGUUUUGUUUUAUUUUGUUUUUUUCUUCUCAAAUCAUUAAUUUACAAUUAAGUCCGACAAUCCGUCAUUAAUUUGUAUAGUGGACGCUUCGCUGGGAGUUAACUCUGUUUGCGUCCCAUUUAAAUAAAUAAAUAAAUUAAUGUUAAUGGUAAAUGUAUUGAAGUAAGUAAAAAAAUUAGUCUAUAAGAAAAAUUUUUUUUUCGAGCGGUUAGGAGGUGUAGUGGAAUAAUAACAAAUUGUUAAGUAGGUUAAGAUAGUUAAUAGUAAGCACUAAAUCACGCACGUUAGGUAUUGUGUAGCGGCGGUCAUCGCUCGGAAAGAGAGUAUGCUCAAGCUACUGAAAGGUCGUGUAACUUAAGUGUUGUCAAUAAAUGCAGUAAUUAAGAGAAGCUAUUAUGCGUUUAUUCUAACCCGGAGAUCCUAUCAUUUUACACCAUCAUCACCAACCAUUACACCGUAAUCACUCCUUGUGGAACAUGGAUUGAAGCUUGCAUUUUUUGUGCAGAUUAUUUUGAAACCGUCACAAACUGCAUUUUACAGCUCGAAAAUGAUGCCACAAGCAUUAUACAAUGUAAAGAACUGAUUGAAAUGCCAGAUUUGCAGGAGCAAAAUAAAAUAUUUUCAAAAACAAGCCUUUUUGAUUGAAGAAUCGGUGAAUACUUUAGGCUUCCCUUAGGAGGAACUGAAAUAAUUUCCAGGUGAAUUCUGUACAUCAUUUAAUCAUAAAAUUCGGGACGUACUUAAUCGGAACCCAGAUUUAACAUUUUAGAACAAUUUGCAAAACAAAAUAUAAGUGAAGAACAGAAAUUUAAGUAUGAAACUUUACGUCCAUAUUUUAAUUAUGCUGUAUUAACCAGUUGCAAUGCGGAACGGACAUUUUCAAAAUUUAACAGCAUUUUUACAUCACCAAGGACGUCAUUUACGGAAAGAAAUUUAGAAAUGGUUGUUUCAGUUGCCGUAAAUAGUCCCUAUAAAUUCGAAAAUGACUAGCGUCGUGUCCUACUUUUAUCGUUGUAAUUCGCUAAUAUUACAGAUCUUAUUAUCUUCAAAACACAAAUACGGGACGCGUGUUAUGUUGCGACAAUUAUUUCUUUCUUAGUUUUAAUUCCGACCGUCGAAUGCAUCAAGUGCAUUCCCGUAGUAUGCAUUAAAUUUAUUAUCGUAUUAAGUAUCAAGUUACCUUAUGCAAUUCUUCGUAGUUUUUAAGAGCAGUUGUUACCGAACCGUCGUCUAGUAAAUUUAAGUUUAAACUUAUAUAAAAAGGGGAAGUGAUUUUUUAAAUAAAAAGGCUACAUCAAAUUCUGUUAAUCUUUUAUUUGGGAAACACUUGGGUCGAAUUGUCAGUUCACGCGGAGACAACAAAACUGGCGCAGUCAGCAGGAUAUCAUUGAUUCACAAAAACACAUCUUUUGGGAGGUCCGUAUCAACGGUUUGCAUGGUAAAAGAAAAACCUACCAGACGACAAAGGAAAAUUGACAAGAAGACUCAACCCUCAACCCUGGGGAAAGAAAACGAAGCAACCGCACCCAAGAAACGCCCAACGUAAGCAAGACGCAAAACAAAGAAACCGCACCCAACCAACGCCAAACGUCAGCAAGCAGUCCAGCUGAUAAGAAAAAGAACAAAAGAACAAAGGAAUGAAGAUCUUAUUUCUUCUGUAAAUUAAGAUUAAAAUAAAUUUUAUUAAUCUAAAGUUUGAUUCUAAAAGUUAAAAUUUACCGGUGAUUCUAGAGAAUUACCUCUUUUUCUUUCGAUUUGUGGUAAUUUUUAUGAUAGGCAUAAGGCUAAUCAGGAUGAGGCAUUUUUAACUGAUAUAAUAAAAACUCAUCUCGAAGGCGAGCCGCUUAGAGUAAUACCUGGUAGAAAUUUAACAACUAAAGAUCAAAUUUUUAACUCACUUAAAGAAAUGUAUGGUUAUCCUCGAACCGAAAUGACAUUAGAAUUGACAUUAAAGAAUUAAUUAAAAGAAAUGUGACGUUCACGUUUUUGUGCCACAAAGAUAUCAUAGACUUUAUUUUAAAUAACUUUAUCAAAUUAAUAUUAUUUAUUUUACAUAAUUGUUUUUACAGGUUUCUUGCAAUUGUCUUACAGAUCUAUAUCAUUUGCGUUUCGAAUCUCCCACAGCUACAUCAGCGUGUGUUUCCGCCAUAACGGUAACAAUAAAAACCGGUGCCGAUUCGGUAAUUAAAAAAAAUAAAGAAUAAAAAACCAAUAAAAUUGAUAUAACAAGAGUUUAAUUACACACCAAAAUAUAACAACAAAAGGAAAAUGUUAAUAAACGAAUGAGUAACAAAAAUGGCUAGCGAAAAGGAAGAAGAAAAUAUAAUUGUAUGCAAGAAUGCGCACAAACGAAAUGCGGGGAAGAGGUACUGAUCUCUUAGGCCGCGUUUAUAUUGGCGAGCGAUUAGCGAUGAGCGUUGUAUUUAAAAAUUCAAGUACCUGCAAAUGCAACAGUGCUGUGUAUAUUAAACCAAUGCGAUGAGCGGUAACGCUAAGCGGUGGAUGUGCGUUACAUUUGCAUUCAAGACGACUUGAAUUAUGAGCGAUAGAUACAAGCGGUCGCAGCACGUAUUGAGGUUAUGUGACUAUUUGUUUUGAAGUUUUUCGCAAAAAUGUGUUCAAAAGCAAAAUUUUCGAAUAGUUGUCGUGAAAUAUUAAUUUCGGAAGUGCAAACAAAACCGGUACUAUGGAAUGAUCAACACCCAGAUUACAAAAAAACGGAGAUAACAAGAAAGUUAUGGGGAGAUGUUGGCACAUGUAUUGGAUUAUCAGGACAAGCUGCGAAGGGGAAGUGGAAAAAUUUAAAAGAUAAGUUUCGGGUUGAACUGCAUAAAAUUCCGAAAAAACGCUCCGGCUCAGAAAAUGACAAUUAUAAGUCAAAAUGGCCAUUUUUUGAUAUGAUGCUAUUUGUAAAAGAUAGCAUGCUUCCAAGUACAACAACUGGCAACCUCUCGAAGGAACCCGAGAACACCGAUAGUGAGGAUGAAGAACAAACUGCAGAAAACGUUAAUAAUGAAGAGUCAGAUACCAUACAACAUGAACCUUCAUCACCAUCAACUAGCUCUUCACGUCCUUCAUCUUGUACAACGCAAAGAAAGACAUUCGCAACACCAACAUGUCGUAAUAAGAAAAGACCUGCACAAAACGAAAUCGACAGACAUUACUUGGAAUUAGAGCAAAAGAAACUAGAUUUAUUAGAGCAGGAAUUUAAGAAAGAUGUUGAUAUGACAGGUAACCCCGAUUAUCAUUUUUUAAUGAGUCUGCUGCCCUAUUUUACGGACAUGGACUGUUUAGAAAAAUUGGAAGUGCGAGCAAAAAUACAAGAAGUUAUCACCGAGGCCGUGCGACGCAAACAAAACACUAUGCAGUCUGUUCAACGUCAAGAAAAUUACACAAAUCUUCAACUUUACGGAAAUGAAAACUUCGAUCAAGUACGAUCCCAGCCUAGAUUACAUACAAACUCUGGCGAAAAUUUAACAGUGGGAAAAGGUAUUCAAUAUCAACCAAUUAGUCAAUGUGACGAAAAUUAUAGCAUGUUUCGGCUUGACCCGUGAAAAUAUAACAAUAGAAGAUUCUGGGUCUGCAGAAUUACUCUAUACAUCUAAUUUUAUGCAAUAAAUAUUAGUGUACUUGUCACUAUUUUUGUGUACCUACC